CAAGCGAGUAUUCGUUGACGAAGACUUGACAAAUCAACGACGACUUGACGCAAGACUUACCAAGUCACUACGUUAUAACUUCCUUCUUAAAGAGAACCAGUGAAGCAUACAUCAGCAUAACUCAUUACUUUUACAACUUAAACUCAAAAAGAGAGAUGAUGAUUCGAAACCAUUGUUAUUGCUUUUCUAGUAUUAUUACCAUCUUUGUCUCCGUUGCAAUCCACAGUACUCUUGCUUCUCCUACGCUCAACUUUUGCCGCCAGGACCAGAGGGAUGCUCUUUUGGAAUUCAUGCACGAGUUUCCUACUGAGAAGUCUUUUCCAAGUUCGUGGAACAAAAGCAGCGAUUGUUGUCUUUGGGAGGGAGUCCAGUGCCAUAAUAAAUCUGGCCAGGUUAUAUCACUCUACCUUUCUACUAAAUCUCUUAACGGCUCUCUGAAAACAAACAGUAGCCUUUUCAAACUCCACUAUCUUCGUGGUUUAUUCCUUACUAAUUGCAAUCUCCAAGGAGAGAUUCCUUCUUCACUAGGAAACCUUUCUCGUCUCACUCUAUUUCACCUUUCUUAUAAUCAAUUGGUAGGUGAGAUUCCGAUUUCAAUCGGCAAUCUAAACCAACUAAGAUAUCUUACGCUUGAGGAUAAUGGUCUCAUAGGAAAAAUCCCAGCUUCAAUUGGCUAUUUAGACCAGCUAAGAGAACUAUACCUUGGGUAUAAUAAUCUCACAGGAGAGAUUCCUUCUGCACUAGGAAACCUUUCGCAUCUAUCUAAUCUUGAACUUGUGUAUAAUAAACUGGAAGGUGAAAUUCCAACUUCCAUCGGAAACCUCAGUGAACUAAGAGACAUUCGGCUGAGUUAUAACAUGUUAUGUGGUAACCUUCCUAUUUCAGUCACCAAUUUAACGAAGCUUUCCACUUUUGACAUCCACUCUAAUAACUUCACUUCCAUGCUUCCAUCUAACAUGAGUGGAUUCCACGACUUGGAGGUGUUUGAUAUUGGUGAAAACUCAUUUUUCGGACCUUUUCCUCAUUCUUUGUUCAAAAUUCCCUCGUUACGAUCGGUUAAUUUAGGAGGAAACCAUUUCACGGGACCUAUACAGUUUGUGAAGAAUACAUCUUCAUUAUCAUCUGAGCUUUAUUAUCUAGGCCUUUCUCAUAACACAUUCAGUGGCCUGAUCCCGGAAUCCAUAUCUGAAUUUCUCAACCUUGAAGAGUUACAUCUUAGCAACAAUAGUUUCAGUGGGCCAAUCCCUUGUUCUAUAUCAAAGUUAGUCAAUCUCGAUUGGCUUGAUCUUUCCAACAACAACUUGGAAGGUGAAGUACCAAGUUGUUUAUGGAGAUUGAGUACGCUGAAGCUUAUGGAUCUAAGCUCGAAUCAUUUCCGAGGAUCAUUUCCCCAUUGGAUCUGCAAGCUAAAAGAUUUAAUCUCAUUAGAUUUGUCCAACAAUCUCUUCAACGGCUCUAUUCCUCCAUGUUUAAGGAACUCCAUUGAUUAUCUUACAGACAUGAUUCUGAGUAACAACAGUUUCAGUGGAACUCUUCCAGAUAUAUUUUCCGACGCUACAAAUUUACAAAUGAUCGACGUUGGUCGUAACCAUCUGGAGGGAAAUCUUCCAAAAUCCUUGAUUCAUUGCAAGGCUCUGCAGCUUGUGAAUGUGGAGUAUAACAGAAUCAAGGACAAGUAUCCUUCUUGGUUGGGAUCUCUACCAUCACUAAAUGUUCUCAGCCUCAGAUCAAACAAGUUUUACGGGCCAUUGUAUCAGCAGAAUGUAUCCAUUGGGUUUCAGAGUUUAUGCGUCAUGGAUCUUUCACAUAACGACUUGAGUGGAACUCUUCCACCUUCCUAUUUUUCCAACUGGCUUGGAAUUACCAAAAUAUACAACUUCACAGAAAUGGUCACAGGUUACAACCUAAGGUUUGGCUACAGCUAUGAUUUUAGAUCGAUGGAAAUGGUGAAUAAAGGAAUAGAGAUGAGGUACGAGAAAAUCCGAAAAGACUUCGGAGCCAUCAAUUUGGCUGGAAACAGACUUUACGGCAAAAUACCUGAAUCUAUAGGCCUCCUGAAGGAACUGCGUCUUCUCAACUUAUCAGGCAACGCAUUCAGAGAUGACAUCCCACUAGCCUUGGCAAAUCUGACCAAUCUCGAGACGUUGGAUUUAUCGAGUAAUAAGCUGUCUGGUCAAAUCCCUCACGAUCUUGGUAAGCUCUCAUUUCUGUCAUACAUGAACUUCUCUCAUAACCUUCUCCGAGGUCCAGUUCCACGUGGCACACAGUUUCAAAGCCAGAAAUGUUCUUCGUUCUCCGACAACCCUGGACUCUACGGUCUCGAAGAUAUCUGUCACGAAGCCCAUGUCUUGUAUCCCACAUUGCAACACUCCGAGGAAUCACGAGAGGCAGAGGAACAUAUGUUUAACUGGAUAGCAGCUGCGAUAGCAUAUGGACCAGGUGUGCUCUGCGGAUUGGUGAUUGGACAUAUUUUCGCUUCGCACAAUCAAGAGUGGUUCACAGAAACGUUUGGUCGAAGAAAAAUCAGAGUCGUCACAAGUGCUCGUUAAGUCCAUCUCUUGUACUCUCUCUCUCUCUCUAAUAAAAGCAUUUUAAGACAUAUGUUGUUCAAUGUCUUCUUCGUGUUUGUACUCAUCUUUUCUUUUAAGUGUGUCCUCCGAAAGACUUCUUCAGUUGUUUGUGUUUGUUUGUAAUUUUCUCUAAUAAGGGUUUUGUAAUAAAUAUUUUAGUGGUAUUUGAUGUAUCUUGGACUGAAAAUGUAUACAUGAUUUUUUUUCCUA